AUGGCGCUGUUGUUUGAUCCGUCAGACAUGCCCCCGACGGGGCGACUGGUUUCCCUGGGGACGGAGGGGCUGGACGCGUGCCCGGGUGUACAUACAGUGCUUUCUCUGCAGGCCGCUGCGCGUCUGAAUCGGCAGCUGAAGCCGAACAAGUCGGGAGAGGAUUUGUUUUGGACAACGGACGUGACGAAGGAACUACCGAUUCGCGUCGCAGAGUCCGGCCCCGCGUCUCUGCCGCCGCUGACCGUCGUGGACUUCUUUGCUGACACCGUGCGCCGCUACCCUGACUCGCCAGCGCUCGCCUUUCAGCCUCACUCCGCUCCGCGUGUGCUCUCUCGGGACGCGCCCCUCGGAGGUCGCGAAAAACUCGGAAACGAGCGCGCGGAGUCCCGGGGCGGUGGUCACCCAGGCCGUCCUGGGAAGGCGACCGGAGAGAAAGAGAAGGGGGGAUCUGCGAAAGGAGCAACGCCCCAAGGCUCUGAAAACCCCCGAUCGGUAAAGACAAGCGCGGAGACCGAACUGACAGUCUCGCGCGCCACGGCGGAAGAUCCCGCCCGCGAAAAAGACGACGGUGGCUCCAUGUUGACCUCGCUCUCGCCUCGAAAGAGCCUGGACGCGGCGGCGCCGCCGUCGUACAUCGAGGGCCCGCUCCCGGGCUGGUGUAUGUACACCUGGCAGGGGUACUGGAACGACAUCUGCAUGUUUGCAAAGGCGCUGCUGUACCUCGGGUGCGAUCGGCGGUCGCGCAUUGCGCUGAUGGGCUGCAACAGCCCGGCGUGGGCGAUUGGCUACUUUGGCGCAAUCUUCAUCGACGGCAUCGCCGUCGGAAUUUACACGACCAACUCCGUCGAGGCGACUGCGCACGUCGUGGAGCACGCCCGGUGUCGCGUCGCCGUCGUCGACUCGCUCGCAAACAUGGAAAAACUUCUGCAGGUGAAAAAGAAGCAGCAGGAAGCCCGCGAAAGGCGCCUCCAACGCGCCGUCGACGCCGCCGAGGGCCAAGCGGGGCAGAACGGUCCAGCAGAGACGACGGGAAAGCGCGAGACGAACGGGUCCUCCUGGCCACCUCUCUCGCCGGAUCCGAAGAAGCGCCGAACCGAAGGCGGUGCGGGUUUGGGCGAGUCGUCCGAUGGUUCUCACGCGUUGUCCGAGGCGUUCGGCGGCGCCGAAGAGACCGGAGCUUGCGACGUGCUCCAGAUGAUUGUGGUGUAUCGAGAGCGCGUCCCCGAGGGCUACGAGGACGACGGCGUCAUCUCCUUCGAGGACUUCGUGCAGCUUGGCAGCGCCGUGAACGAUGUCUUGCUCACCGCGCGAAUGGAGACUCAGAAACCGGGCGAGUGCUGCUCACUCGUGUACACGAGCGGAACGACCGGGUUCCCGAAAGGAGUCAUGCUGUCUCACGACAACUUCACGUGGACGGCGGCCUGCUCUUCGCACAUGAUGAAGAUAGACCACACGCACCGUCUCGUCUCCUUUCUCCCCCUGUCGCACGUCGCCGCGCAGCUGGUCGACCUUUACAUGCCCGUGACAAUGGGCUGUUGCGUCUACUUUGCGAGGCCUGACGCUCUCCAGGGCUCUCUGAUCGAAACGGUCAAGCACGUCAGACCUACCUGGUUCCUGGCCGUUCCGCGUGUCUGGGAGAAAAUCGAACAGAAGCUGAAGGAAGUGGCUGCAGCCCGAGGAAGCGGGUUCAAGAGCCGCAUUGCGGAGUGGGCGAAAAACGUCGGGUUUCGAGGCACAGAGGCGCUCCUGAACGGACACACGCAAGACAUCCCUGCAGCCUUUACCUUCGUCAUGAGACUCAUUCUCCACCAGGUUCGCAAAGCUCUCGGCAUGGACCUGUGUUUGGGAUUGGGUAGCUGUGCCGCGCCGUUGGAUCCCGAGACGCAAAAGUAUUUUAUGAGUCUCGGCAUGCCGAUAAACUCGAUUUACGGGUUGAGUGAAAGCACAGGACCGCAAACCUUCAUUCUCCCUGCGCCGGGGUGGUACAAAGUUGGAAGCAUCGGUCACGCGCUGCCUGGGACAGAUAUGUACGUGGCGAACGAGAACGAGGAGGGCCAUGGCGAGAUUUGUUUCCGCGGCCGCAACAUUUUCAUGGGGUACUACAAAGACGAGAAGUCGACUCGGGGAACAGUGGACGAGAACGGCUUUCUUCACACCGGCGACUUGGGCUACGUGGACUCCGACGGCUUCGUCUACCUUACGGGGCGAAUCAAGGAACUGAUCAUCACUGCAGGCGGCGAGAACGUCGCGCCGCUGCUCAUUGAGAGCCUCCUUAAACAAGAGAUGCCGCAGCUCCUCUCCAACUGCAUGGUAGUGGGCGACCGGAGAAAGUUUCUCGGCGUCCUCAUCUGUCUGUACACCGCAAAGGACAAAGACGACAACCCGACGAACGUCCUGGCGCCCGAUCUCGUGCGCUUUCUGAAGAAAAAGGGCCUUAACGCCGCAACGACUCAAGACGCCAUGGACGCACCCGGCGUCAACCACCUCAUCCGAGAGGCCAUUGAACGCGCCAACAUCAAAACCAUCUCCAGGGCGCAGUCUGUGCAGGGGUGGCGGAUUUUGCCGGCAGAUUUUGCGAUCAGCACGGGCGAGCUGACGGCGACGAUGAAGUUGCGCCGAAAGUUUGUCGAGACGAAAUUCGCCUCGUUUGUGGAAGACAUGUAUCUGUCGCCCUUGCCGCGCUGCCUUGCGUCUGCAAAGGCUGAGGAAACCCCAGGCGCGCUGCAGGCAAAGUUGUGA